GCCCUCACAUGUGGCUCAUUGGACCGCCUUCCCACAGGAGGAAGAGGAUGAUGAUGAUGAUGGAUCAGGGACUGUCCCCUUCCACGCGCGCCGUGUUCCACCAGGGACCCGCCGGGAACCCGCCCAAGGCGCACAGCAUCGACGCCAUCCUGGGUUUCAAGGAGGACCUCCUCUUCCAUAAAGCGGGCGCCUACUGCGGCCUGACAGACAAAGUUCGGGGCAUAGGAGCCGAGGAGCCAAAAAGUCACUUCUCGGAAGGUUUUGACGGGGUGUGCUGCGGUAAUGACGGCGGGGGUGACGCGACAACCUGUCCGGACUCGCCGGACCCGGACGGCAAGCUAUCAGACGACGACAACCCCAAAAAGAAACACCGUCGGAACCGGACCACCUUUACCACCUUCCAGCUGCACGAACUGGAGCGAGCCUUUGAGAAGUCGCACUACCCGGACGUGUACAGCCGGGAGGAGCUGGCCCUCAAAGUCAACCUGCCCGAGGUCCGAGUGCAGGUUUGGUUCCAAAACAGGAGGGCCAAGUGGCGCCGACAAGAAAAGCUGGAAGUGAGUUCCAUCAAGCUCCAAGAGACCUCCUCUUUGCUCUCCUUCAGCCGCCCACCCACCACGGGACCCCUCGGCUCGGGCCUGCAGCUGGACCCCUGGUUGGCCUCCCCACUCACCACCUCCACCAGCCUGCAGUCCCUCCCGGGCUUUAUGGGGGGCACUCAGGCACUGACCAGCGCUUACACCGCCUCACCUCCCCCCUCCAUUCCGCCGUCUCUGCCCGCCUCCUUCCUCAACACCCCCACACUGGGGCACACCCCCCACUUGCCCCGCAUGGGCUCCAUUUGCCCGCCACAACCACCGCUGCAUCCCCCGCAGGUCUACCAGUGCUCGUCAGAUCCGAGAAACUCCAGCAUUGCGUCAUUAAGGAUGAAGGCCAAAGAACACAUUCAGUCUAUUGGCAAGACGUGGUAAUGCUGAAUACCCAGCAUGCACCUGGAUACACCUGCUGCAUCUUUUUUGGAAAACUGAUGGAUUUGUACCAUUUUGGACGGCCGACAUUGCUAUGAUACAAACUGUGACAAACUUUUUUUUUAUACAUUUUUGUUUGUUUAGUCUCAUUUUUACUUUUUGCCAACACCCUUUCCUCUUGUGGUCACCAUUAUCUAUUUAUUUUACACUUGUACAUGUACACAAAAUCAUUAAUUUCUGCUAAUGUGAAUAGUUUGUCAACAUAAUAAUA